AUGGUCUUCGCAUGUCAUCGAUAUAUCGUGGCAACAACUGCGCUUUCAUUCCUCUUCUACCUACCUAGCAGGACAAUCGCGAGCAGUGUGUCAAUCACUGCCAGCACAGGCCCUGUAAUCAAUGCCCCGAAUACUACUGGAACAUGCGAGUUUAGAACAAUCAACUACAUAACAGAUAUAUUACCUCAACAAUGCCUUCGUUCAUCUUGGAGUAAUACGGACUCUCCGCCAACAACAAAGACAAAUGCUAUUGGUGCAGCUGGAACUCUCGAAAGCCAGGAAAAUGAUGUUGUAACGGACACGAUAUCAAACACACCUUCUUUCAGCGAGUCUGUUGCCCAAACAAAUGACGAAGCUAAAAUUACUGGCGAAACAAGUCGUAUAUCCGUCAUUCAGCUUAAAUCGUCUAGCCCAUCUCCAGAAAUACCGUCUCCUACGGCAUCUCCAACUGCUGUCGAUGAAGGAGAGCUUAAUGAUGCCUCAUUCUUGUCAUUCGAAGAGUGGAAAAAACAAACAUUGGAGCAAGCUGGGCAGCAAGAUUUGAAUCUGGGCAAGCGAAGAUCUGCGGAAGCGGCUAGGAAAAGAGAGUCGGAAGCAUUUCAAAACAAUCUUGAGUCUCUUGGAGAUGAUGGGGAAAUUGAUUUGGACUUUGGCGCUUUCCGAAAUGGAGCGGCUGAGCAAACCUCGAGAACGACCGAAGAUAAAGGCAUGGGUUCAAAUCAGGAUUCACAAGAAGAGAAAAGUGGUUCUGGGCAUCGAAAGGAACACCGAAGUAAGGAUGCUGGCAAGACCUGCAAAGAGCGUUUUUCCUAUGCAUCAUUUGAUGCCGGAGCUACUGUUCUGAAGACCCAUCAAGGUGCAAAAAACUCAAAAGCUGUGUUGAUAGAGAAUAAGGAUUCCUAUAUGCUUUCGGAAUGUAAAACACCGAACAAGUUUUUAGUCAUUGAGCUUUCGGAAGAUAUAUGGAUCGAUACUCUAGUUCUUGCCAAUUAUGAAUUCUUCUCCAGCAUGCUAAGAACAUUCAGAGUUAGUGUCAGCGAUCGAUGGCCUGUGAAGACGGACAAGUGGAAAGACUUGGGUGUCUAUGAAGCUCGCAACUCGCGAGAAAUACAAGCCUUUUUAAUAGAGAAUCCGCAAAUUUGGGCAAGGUAUAUACGCAUCGAAUUUUUGACACAUUACGGAAAGGAGUACUAUUGCCCACUCUCGCUCGUCAGAGUUCAUGGCACUCGCAUGCUUGAAAGUUGGAAGGAUACUGAAGCUAACAAUGAUGACGACGAGGAAGCGGAUGAGGACCCUGAGGAAGGAUUUGUUCCAGAAGCUGUAGCAGAAAUCAUUCAGGCGACAUCGUCUGAAAUACAAGCUGUGCGUGUAACAGCGAAUAACCAGGCAGAGCCUACAGUAUUAUACACUACUCGAGACGUUCAAAGGGAAGAAAUGCCAGUGGAGACGCACCUUAAACCACCGCCAACACCAACUUCUCUUUGGAAGAAGCCUAUAGCCAGAGAAUUUGAAUUACUCUCUAUACAAUCUCUAUACUUGUGCUAUCCUUCAGAUGCUCCGGAACAUAUUCUCACAAGUCAAGCCGCGGUGGAGAAUGAGUCAUAUAACUUCAAGACUACUAUGAAAGUUCCGCCAUCACCUGAAAUGAUUUCUACUGCCUUCACAGAUAAUGGGAUCACAUCCUCAUCAUUGUCUUUCACCGGUCCUUCUGCACAGCAAACGUUGUCCGAGGAUAAAGCAUCCCUAGCAAGCACGUCACUUACCCAAGAAACCCAUGAAUCUUCCAAGGUAACUCACGAUAGCUCACAUUCAACUAUUCCAACAAGUUCCACAACUACUAUAGUUAACAAAUCUCAAGAUGCUACAAGUACAAAUAAGACGCGAGGUACAAACACUUCGUCUGGGCCUGCCUCUUUACCCACUAUCCAAGAGAGUUUUUUCAAGGCUGUGUCAAGACGCCUGCAGCUGUUGGAAACGAAUUCAACUUUAUCAUUGAAGUAUAUUGAAGAGCAAUCGAAGAUGCUUCGAGAAGCCUUCCUGAGAGUCGAAAAAAGGCAACUUCAAAAGACAACUGAUUUUCUCGAAAAUCUCAAUAGCACAGUUCUUACGGAACUCCGCGUGUUUCGUCAACAAUAUGAUGAGAUAUGGCAAUCGACUGUUAUUUCACUUGAAAGUCAACGAGAAGAAUCCCGUCGAGAAAUUUUGGCUAUUAGUGCUCGUCUCAAUAUCCUAGCCGAUGAAGUUGUCUUUCAAAAGCGCAUGUCUAUCAUCCAAUCUGUACUGCUUCUUCUAUGUCUUGGCCUCGUGAUUUUCUCCCGUGUCUCCAGUGCUGAGCCUCUCAGCUUCUCUCUCCAUAAUCGACGUUCCCGCAUAACGAGCAACAUCACUAGUAUGGAAAGUCCAAUCGAUACGCCGGGCUACACCUCUCGGGACCGUGAAGAUUACAUCGGUGACGCAAGUUCCCCUGUAAAUGCGUGGACCGGCCACCAUCGACGUCAGCCCUCGGAUGAAUCUGUCAACUCGCGCUCCCGAUCAAGAGGUUGGGGUCCUCCAACACCCAUAUCAACAUACUCCCGCUCUGAUAACGAGCUGACUCCUCCACGUUCAUUUGACGACGCAACCACCAGUACUAUAACCGGAGCAACAACUGGUACCUUUUCUCGACUUCGCAGAAGCAUCACUAUGAAAUACCAAAAUUCUAACCCCUUGCUAUCUGCAUCGAAAGAACAUGAACUUCUUCGCACCUCAUCAUUCGGACCUUCACUUAGAUCUCACAAUUCUUCACCUGCCUCGUUCUUGUCAGUUGCAGACGCCAAAGAAAGGGGCGUCAGAGAUAGAAACCCUACUGCUCUAGCCAGUCCCCCGCCUAGUGAUAUUGAGAGUCACGAUCCCAUGGAUGAGGUGAACUCCACGUCCACGGGUGUUCAACAUGAUGCAUUGGAAGGGCAAAGUGUUGCCGAUAUCAGGGAAUCUCAAUCCCUUCAAACACCUACACAAGAAGAACCUGAUAAUGAGCAAAAGCCCUUGCCGGCUUUACCUGAUGGAGGUCCAAGCCCAUACAUGUCUUCAGAGAGAGCAAUUGAGUUGGAAUUAGCUGGAGUCCUCGGCUACCCGAUGAGCGAAGAUUACAAAGUAUCAGCUUGCGGCAGUAUUCAUACGUAA